UUCUUUCGGAUACUUUCCGUCUGCUUGACGCCGAGACUUGUCUACCGGUAUUUGCAAUGUAAUUCAUUGAUAGUCUCUCUCCCAUGAAACUCCUCUUAGCACUUUAAUAAUGUCAGCCAAAAUCGAGACCGCCGACCGGCCGCCAUGCUACACCGAAGCGACGGCCGCUACUGACCCCACCGACGACGUCAUUGAGCCGACGAUUUUAGUGCUCGCCGGCCAGACUAUUCACGCCGAAUCAGCAUCGUCCGCGCCGCUAUAUCACCUCGAUCGCGGCAUCGCCUCAUUGACCAGUGCUACGCCCAAGGUGACACUCGAACGCGUCGAGCGUACUGUGCGCACGAGCGCGGAUAACGAGCCCUCGCUACGCGAUCGUCGCCGCCACGUAUUCACUCUCGAGCACUCGACUGCUCUCUACGACAAGCUCCCCUCCAACUGCCCGCGUUUCUUCGCCCGCGCUGCCACGAGGCGAGCGCUAGGACACCUAGGCUUGAAGAAGGCGCGUCUGCGCUCCGAGUUUAAAGCCCUGCCCCUAGAUGUCUCCGGCAAGACUAAUAGCUUUGGCCUACCGGGGUUCGCCAAGAAUGCCCAGCCCCUAUUCGAGCUUCGUAAAAGAGACGGUCGGUGGGAGUGGGAAGAUAAAAACGGCAACGCUGUCGCAGUCGAGGAUGACGGCGAUGAUACGCACCGGCUAAUUGUGACGGCGCCCCUAUUGCGGGAGACGGUGGACGCACUAGUUGCACUAUGGUGCUGCCGGUUAUGGGAGUACUCUGCAGAACAUGCGGAGCAUGUGCAUGAGGGAAUGGAUGGCUUCAGAAGAAAACUCAGGCAAGGCAAGGAGGCUGGCGUGACUGGGGUUGGAGGUUGGGUAAUCUGAUACGAGAUUCAUCAGUCCGGCUCAUACUUGUUCGGAACAAUCUCUCUGGGAUACACUCUUCCUACAGUUUUCCGCUGCACGACCUCGUUCCGAUGCUAAGGCUGUAGUCGGAUCACCAAGUUGCCCCUCCAGCAUAUGAUGUUUGGGCGUACUCGGCGUGAUACGCUGCAGCGUCGUUUGGUGCCGAUAGAUCACGACAAUGUCUGAACGACGGAUGACGUGUACACGCUAAUUUCUUAUCUUGAAUAACAUGAUACAGCACACGAGCUACAA